AAAGAGAAGACAGAGAGCCCCUUGGAGGGCGGGGCUGAGGCAGCAGAGCUGCAGGGCCUCCAAAGCGGUGAUCGGUGACGUUUCGCGCAACAAGGCAGUCAUUGGUCGAAGAGACCAAGUGGGUGGUGCCAGUGUCAGAGCCAACCUAUGGGGGCCCUUAGCUGGGUGGAAAUUGACAGGAAGGGCCGAGGCUGUUCAACCAUCCCCUGUAUCUUCCGUCCCGUGGGCGGGGCCAUUGGCGGCUCCUCUCCCCCGCCCACCAACUGCCAUGGCAACCGCCAACAGCCUCCUGAGGCACCAGGCCUCAGCCUCCCCUCAGGGUGAGCCUGCCAGCCCCACCACGAGGCAGCUGUACCCACCCCCCAGCGGCCACGGGGAGUGUCUGGAGAGAGAACAGCGAUAAGACCGAUAACAUCAUUUCGUAAAGUGCAGGAGUUGGACCGCUGCAGCAUCUUGUGCUGGCCACAGACUCUGAACGUGAGCUCUCCCAGUGUAUUGUGAUGAUAAUGCAAAUCCUUACUGGCAACCGGCAAAUUCAUAACAAACUCCUCCAGGCUGAUCGAGUACCUGCCAGAAACAUUUGCUCUGAUGUGUACACAGCUGAACAUCUGAAGACAUGGAUAGUAGGAAGGUCAACUAAAUAAGUCAGCUGAGGAGCAGCCACUUGAUCAGGGUGGAAUGUCUAACCCUGAGAAGAGAAAAGGGAACCCUCUCAAAAAAUGCCUGAAGUGCCAAGUAGAGCUGGGCAGAGCCUCCUUCAGUAUGCAGGGUCUGUGUCCUCACUGCAAUGCCAAGGCAGGAGAGGACCAAAAGAAUCAGAAAGGCAAGAGGGAUUCCUAUGCAUUUGGAAAUGCAAGCGAAGUAAUGGAGAUUGAGCCCUCGUACACUGACUUUAUUUCCUGUGAUCGCACUGGGCGGAGGAACGCUAUCCACGACAUCCAAGGAGACACAACCUCCAUCAGCAUGCGGAAGCUGGCAGGCGACAUAGGCGAGCUCUCCAUUGAAGGAGCAGGUGAGUGUGUAAGGAAAUCAAGCUGCUGCUGCUGGUUCUGAGAAGGAACCUGAAGCGAGACUUGAGGGGCAAGACGGCACCGCCCCAUCAUGAGCGCCACAGGAGUGGGGGGGGAGGGGGGAAGGAGGAAAGAACUGUAAACACUAAAUGGGAACGUUCCAUCAAAUUUGCUGACAACUGAGAGCCAAACCAGAACAAUGACUUCUCCCUUUAAAUGCCUUUGCUGUGACCAUUCUGUUCAGAUACCUAUAGGAAGCUCAUCAGUGAGUGGUACAUCCACGAACUCUGCUCCCAUCUAGAAUGGCUUAGAACACUGCACUGGUGGCAGUCACAUGACCCACUCUCAAAGUGCCUCAGUAGCAAUUUUCCUCUAUAGGAAAUUUAAAAUAUACACUUCAGCCUUUCCUGGAUAAGGUACAUUUUUUACUCUGUACAUUUAGACUAUUUAUUUAUUUCCUGUUCCCAUAGAUUAGAGAUUUUGGUGCUUCACUUAUUUCACCUUCCUCCUGUAUCCAGCUUAGAGGUGAACAGAUAUUUAGCGCUGCCUACACAGACACCUGGAGUCCUGGGGAUCAGCUGGGGAGGGGUGAUGGCAGUUCCUGCUACACUAAUACUGAACACUAUUAACCUGUGCUGCUGCUUUCUGGGAAUCAGAAAAGGACCAAUGUUCACAGGUGCAUGGACAAACUCUAUCUGCAGGCUCAGCAGCACCACACCUGGGCACCAUUUGGCAUCGUAAGGUUUUAAGAUACUGUUAGGAGAAGGGCAGAAGAGGCUUUCUGUGUGUUUUGACAGUUGACAAAAUUCAGACUAAGCUCUUCCAGCUUCCAUACAGCUCCAAGCUAUUUAUUUCUGGGAAAGUUUCACACACUCUCUUUUCAGAGACAUUUUUCAUGGCAAAAAUUGUUUGAUAAACUAUAAGCUUCUUGUAAUAAAGAACACACAACUCUCAGAUAAA